GUAUAGUGAAAGUUUAUAAUUUUAGUUCGAAACGCGUUGUAUUAUAGUUUGUCAAAAUGAUAAACAAAAGUUUAUUGAACGUUUUCCUCUUGGGAUUGGCUUUCAUGCUAAUUUUCACGGCCUUCCAAACCAUGGGGAACAUAGAGAAAACCAUUUUAACGAGCAUCCAAAACGAAGAUCACACAUUCAACGGGGAGGCGUACUACAGCUUAGCCAUAAUAUACGUUUUCUUUUCCGUGUUUAAUUGGAUCGCUCCAUCCGUUAUAAGCGUCAUAGGCUCCAAAUUUUCCAUGCUAAUAGGCGGAGUGACUUACAUGUUGUUUAUUCUAUCGUUUCUCAUACCACGCGGAUGGCUGUUGUACACCACGAGCGCCAUCCUUGGAGUCGGAGCCGCGCUGAUAUGGACAGGCCAAGGCAAUUACCUCACCCUAAACUCCACCAAAAAAGACAUAUCCAGAAACUCCGGCAUAUUCUGGGCUUUGCUUCAACUAAGCCUCUUCAUCGGCAACACGUUCGUGUUCUUCGCCUUCAAGGGCCAGGAGGAAAUCAACCAGAAGACGCGCACCGUGGUGAUCGUGACGCUGGCGUCGGUGGGUGUAGUCGGGCUGUUGGUGGUGCUGUGCCUGCCCAAAGCCACCAAGGAGGCCGAAGAGGACGAGCCGGAGGAGGCGGAGCGCGAGGCCGCCCCCGAUGGUCCCCUGCAGGCGCUCGUCGGGGCUCUGCGGCUGUUCUUCACCGGGAACAUGCUGCUCCUCAGCGUCACCUUCCUGUACACGGGACUGGAAUUGGGAUUUUUCAGCGGAGUAUACAGCUCCUGCAUCAGCUUCACGAAGGCCUUCGAGGAUCGAAAACAACUUGUCGGAGUUUCCGGGAUAUUCAUUGGACUCGGUGAAGUAUUAGGCGGCGGUUUGUUCGGCAUCUUCGGCAACAAAACAGUGAAAUGGGGCAGGGAUCCGAUCGUGGCGGCCGGCUACGUCCUGCACACGGCCAGCUUCUUCCUGAUCUUCGCCAAUCUGCCCAACGAAUCGCCCUUCGGCGAUACCGACGAGAGCGCCUACAUCACCAGCAACGCCGUCCUCGCCAUAUUCUGCUCGUUCCUGCUGGGCCUCGGCGACUCCUUCUACAACACGCAGAUCUACUCGCUGCUGGGGUCGGUGUACGCGGACCGGAGCGCCCCGGCUUUCGCCAUCUUCAAAUUCACGCAGUCCAUUGGGGCGGCUGCUUCGUUUUUCUACGCCGAGCACGUGGGGCUCUACGCCCAAUUGGGCAUACUGUUGGCGAGCGGUACGCUGGGCAGUUUAGCUUUCAUCAGGGUGGAAUGGGUGGCCAGGAAGCGGAAUCUUUUGCUGGCGGGCGAGCAAGGGAAGAGGAUCGAAGUCGAGGCUAGCGAUUGAUGUAUAGGUAUUUUAUUUGUGUAGAUAGGUAUAUGAAAUUUGAAUGGGGGUGUUAAAGAAGGGGUGAGUACGUUUAUUUCUAGGGUAGAUUGUUUAUGUACUAAUAGUUUGUACGGUGCGUAGUAGGCAAUCAUCAUUGCAUCUUAUCAAUCUUUACCAACAUUGUAUCAAUUUUGGUUGCCUACAUUUAGCGAGAGAUUGAUAAUGAUUGAAGAAAGUUUCUGUAUCACUCUCUCUAGAAUGUAAUGUACUCUUUUUUAACACCUUAUAUUAUUUGUACAAGAUUCCUAUGCUAAUUUUUAUGAGCUCAACAGUAUUGUUUAUAAUAGAAUGAUAAAUUGUAAUUUACUGGACGAACUAUUUUUUUGGUGAUUUUUUUAUAAAGACUGAUGAAUGAUAUUUUCAUCACGAUGAUUUAUAUUUUUAUAGAUUGUUAA